UGUCAUACGUUACCUUUCUAUCUUUCUCUCCCGUGACGUUUUCAAAGCGAUAUAUUACUAUCCUUGUUUUUCUUUCUUCUUAUCUUGAAUUUGUAUAGGCACAUGAGAAACCGACCUAAUAUAUCAAUGAAAGACAAGUUCUACCAAGGUCAAAAUCUGAGUUCACUAUCCGAGAUUCCAAGUGACAUGAUUCCUCCGACAUCAUUAAAACUUAGGACCAAAAUGCAAAAUCUCAACACUACCACAGAUCUUCCCAAAAUCAAGCCAAUAGAAAAGAAAUCAGAUGAAAAGUUAUCUUCAAUACUGAAGAAGUCCAAUUUUGAAGUCUAUUAUGGUGAUGCACCAUUGGCUGUUCCAUUUAAGUGGGAAACUCAACCAGGAACCCCAAAAGUCAAGUUUCUUGAAACCCCAAUUCCUCCUCUUGCACCUCCACCAUCUUUUCAAGUGAAGAAGAAAAAUGCCAUAAAAAAGCAAACAAAAGCCAAACUUUUACAAAUGCUUUCCUUCCUUCCCAAAUUAAACUUGAGAAAAAAUCAUCUUCAAUCAACAUCAUCAUCAUCUCCUGCUAGUUAUUCGACAUCAUCGUUGUCGUCGCCGUCAUCGUUGUCGUCGCCGCCCAAGUGUUGGUCUUAUUCUGCUCCAGCAUCUCCAUAUAGAGGCAAAUUCAAUAUCCAAAGUCAGUGAGUUCAUUCAGAAUGUGUGCAUUUUAAUUAUUAUAUGUGUACAUUACAAAUUAUAUGUAUACAUAGUUCGAAUCCGAAAUAAUUGUUCAGUUAAACCCACAUAGCUCACCUAAGAUUGUCAUUUGAUUCAAGGUUGGGGGAUCGUAUAUUAUCAAGCAAUCACCAAAGAUGUUUUUUUGUUGUUUCCCACCCUGUGUUCAGGUGCCUAAAGGUUUUUUUCAUAUCCAAAGCUCGAACCCGAAAUCUUUGGGUAGAGGGAUCUUAUCCAUCCCACUACGACCCAUGUUGUUCUGACCAAGAUUAGUUGCAUGAACAUAGGUGUUUCUAUAUCAUUUAAUUUUUGGGAUUAUACGUUAUAUUGUGACGUUCACAAAAAUUGUAUGAUUAUGG